ACGAAACUUUUCCAGCGGUCUGUGCGUGUGCGCGCGUGUCUGUGUGUGUGUGUGUGUGUGGAUGAUGAGAGAGUGCGAGUGUGGAAGACAGCGAGUGAGUCCACUGCUCAGGACGGGCAAAGGAUUCUUGUUUUCGGGCUUGUCGCCACCGGGACUCGAUUUGCACCGAUUUUAUGCAGCUGUUGAUGGCUAGUCCUGAGAUGUCAACAUGAGGUAGAGGUGGCACAUUCCAGGAAAUCCCAGCUGAGACGGAGUGUUUUCAAGCAUGAACCGGGCAUUUAACAGGAAAAAAGAUAAAUCAUGGAUGCACACUCCAGAAGCCCUGGCCAAGCAUUUUAUAGCAUACAAUUCCAAGUUUCUGGGGAAAACAGAGGUGGAUCAACCCAAAGGUACAGAAGUUGUAAGGGAUGCUGUCAGAAAGCUGAAGUUUCAGAGGCACAUAAAAAAAUCUGAAGGACAGAAGAUCCCAAAAGUGGAAUUACAGAUCUCCAUAUAUGGAGUGAAAAUAUUGGAUCCUAAAUCCAAAGAAGUACAAUACAACUGUCAGCUGCACCGAAUAUCUUUCUGCGCAGAUGACAAAACGGAUAAACGGAUAUUCACGUUCAUUUGCAAAGAUUCAGAGUCCAACAAACAUCUCUGCUAUGUGUUUGACAGCGAAAAAUGUGCGGAGGAGAUCACUUUGACCAUCGGCCAAGCGUUCGACUUGGCAUACAAGAAGUUUCUGGAAUCUGGUGGAAAAGAUGUGGAAACAAGGAAGCAGAUAGCAGGCCUCCAGAAAAGAAUUCAAGAUCUUGAAGUUGAAAAUUCAGAGUUGAAGACGCAGUUACACGUCUUAGAGGAGCAAAUGAUGAUUGCUCAAGUCCCCCCUCUUCUUCAUAUUAACUCUUCUAAUGAGGCCUAUAUGCUUCAGAGACCGUCAUCUCUGUUCUGGUGUCACAACGUGACGUCUUUCUCUUGUCUCGAAAUCUCCUCUGUUACGCUAACGCCAAUGAGCUCACCCGACUCUAACCUUUCCUCUGGUCUUCUGACACCUCCGCCUGCUAAAGCAGCUGACUCAAAGCCUCCCAGCGGAGUCAGUGUUCCUCACCCUCCUGGAGACGGCAUGUCCUCAAAGACGCCCACUGACAUAUUUGACAUGGUUCCAUUUUCUCCCGUGACCCCUCUGAUUCCAUUACCAGCAAGUAAUGGCUCAGCCCCUCCGCCCCCAGCGAGGUCCACAGACAUGAGGAAAGACCUGUUCGGUGCCGAGCCGUUCGACCCGUUUACCUGCGGGGCAGCUGACUUCCCCCCUGACAUCCAGUCUAAACUGGAUGAGAUGCAGGAGGGGUUCAAAAUGGGACUAACAGUAGAGGGCGCUGUCUUUUCCCUUGAUCCUCUAGAUGGUCGCUGCUGAUGCCAAGAUGACGUUUUUAUCGCGUUCAUGUUAAACCAUUUGUAUGAAAGUGCCAAACUCGGGUUUACAGUGAAGAUGUCAACGUCUUUUUUCUUAUGUAUUUGCAUUUGAACUUGGUUUACGAAAAGUAUAUUGAAAAAUCUCAAGCGGUAGAUCACUAUUUUUGUAAGAACUGAGACAGUAAUGUAGUUUUAACUCCCCUUGCUUGAACAGGCGUUGAAGGAUGUAGAAAAGACGUCCGACUGCACACUCUGUUAUCAAUUUACACAAACAAAGCAGCAUUUUUUAAUAAUCUGUAUGGCAGAAUGCAGCUAUGUCUCGCAUCAACUCAUAAAACUUUCUCUCUCUGUCUGUCAUUACUGAUAGUUCCCUUUACAUUAUUUUGUAUCUAUAUUUUUAACACGUAAUACAGUAUAGCAUAAUAAUACAGGGGUUAUUAAACUCGCUCCUUUUGUAUUAAAAAAGAUUAAUGAAGAUAAAGAAGUAAAAUUGUGUUGUUUCUGUUUAUUGCGAUGGAUUCAUUAAAAUGCAGUAUUUUUUAACAAAACAGCAGUGCCGUAAUUGCAGGACUGGAUUAUUUCCACAUUAACGUGUACUUGUAUUGCAGUUUAUUUUGUAGUAUAUAUUUUAGUAUUCUCUUGCACAAGGAAGCACUUUGGAGGAGCUGUGUCUAUGUAUUAUUGUCAAUUCACUUUGUAAGCAUUAUUUUAGCCUUUGCUGUUGUAGCCAUUAAAAGGAAACGGUACAGAUGUAAUGUGUAAUUUGUUUUAUAAUAUAAACCUUUACUUUCAUCUCACAAAAAAACCCAUUUGGUAUGUUUUCUUUAACACAUCUUCACCCACAUGCCAUAGUAUUAGU